AUGUCAAAAAAAGAUCGCCGCCGGGUAUUUUUGGAUGUAACAAUUGAUGGUAACCUUGCGGGUCGAAUUGUGAUGGAAUUGUACAAUGAUAUAGCACCACGGACGUGUAAUAAUUUCCUGAUGCUUUGUACUGGUAUGGCAGGUACCGGUAAGAUUAGUGGCAAACCUUUGCACUACAAAGGAUCAACAUUUCAUCGUGUCAUCAAAAAUUUCAUGAUUCAGGGAGGUGAUUUUACGAAAGGUGACGGUACAGGUGGGGAAUCAAUUUAUGGUGGUAUGUUUGACGAUGAGGAAUUCGUUAUGAAACAUGAUGAACCGUUUGUUGUGUCGAUGGCGAACAAGGGACCUAAUACGAAUGGUUCACAGUUUUUCAUUACUACAACACCUGCGCCACAUCUCAAUAAUAUCCAUGUGGUAUUUGGUAAGGUUGUUUCUGGGCAGGAAGUUGUAACCAAAAUCGAAUAUUUAAAAACUAAUUCCAAGAAUCGUCCACUAGCUGAUGUUGUAAUACUUAAUUGUGGUGAACUUGUUCGACGAAAAAAACGUCAACAUUCUUCUAGAUCAAAUGAAUCAGUCAGUUCUUCUACAUCAACUGAAAAAAGUCACAAAAAGACAAAAAAGACAAAAAUGAAAGAAAAGAAGCGGAAAGAGAGUGAUGAAGUGGAACAAUUGGAAAUUGGUACUGUUGUUCCGGAAGCAGAACUGCAGUUAUCGAGCGUAAAAGCUGAAGAUUUGCCUGAUGAACCAGAUCACCAAAAUAAAUAUCUUAUGAGACGAUCAAAAACGCCAGAAAAUUCGAGGAAAGGAAAGAAAGAAAAGCAACGACAAUCACCUCAUCGCUUUUCGCGACGCGAUAUUGGUCAUCGCUUGAAUCGUAUGCGGAGAACGCGAACCGGACAUAAAAUAAAGGGUCGUGGUGCACUUAGAUUUCGAACUCCAGAGGGUAGUAGCGACCACGAUGGGAGUCGUACUCCUCCCCAUUGGAGGCGUGAACAGAAUCGUGUAAUAACACUUGAUGAAUUGCAUCGUUUGCAAGAGAAAAGGAAAGCAUAUGAGCUUGAAGAACUUGAGAAUCCCAAAAAUGAUGUCGUCGAUAAAGCAAAAACUGGUAUAUUAUUAAACACAUCGGAGAAAAUUGAAGACAAAGAGGAAAGGUAUCGCGGUAAGUCUGAAAAGAAGGAAAAUCGGCAUGAGCGAAGUAGGCAUACAACGCGACGGUCACCGGAGCAUGUAACACGACAUUUUGUGAAGGAAAAAAAUCGGCAUAAAGUUGAUGAGGUUGGGAACAGUGAAGAUAUGAAACAGACAAAAAGAGAUCGACGAGGGCGAGCCGAUGAAAAAGAGAAAGUCGAAGUUAAUGGUGAAAAAGCUGCUGCAAUGGAUGAGUUAAAUCUGGAUGAACCAACAGUAGAGGUUACAUUGGACAGUGCCGAAGAUAUAAGAGAUAGUGAUGACGAAGCCAUUAGGAUUCAUUUAUUGAAAGCCAAAAAAAUGGCAGAAGAGAAAACGAAACAAGAAGCAAAGAUGCUUGAAAAGACUGGUGAUAAAGAAGGACGAGAUCAAAAGACGAUUUCUGAGGCGAAACAGAAGGACAGUGCUGAAAAAGAUAGGCAGCAUCGAGAGCAUAAAAAUGAUGAACUUGAAAAGCGAGCUAUUGAGAAACAAGAUAAAGAUCAAAUUGUAGAGAGAGAUACAGGGAGUAAACAACGACGAAAAAGUGAUAGCAAAGAACACAGAGGAAAAACAGAUCGAAAACAUAGGAGCAAAAGCAUUGAGGAAGAUGGAAGACGAAGUACUAGUCGCGAAAAACUCGACGAUUUGAAAAGAAAGGAAACUUCAGGACAAAAAAGUCAAGCUGAUAGUGAGCAGACUGUAGAAGCAAAAACAAAUGUGGUCGAUUCUAACAGCGAUAAUUCGAAGAUGUCAGUAAAUGGAAAAUUGAAGGAAGUUAGUUCAACUAAUAAGGAGAAUGAAGUUUCGGAACAGAAAGAUUUAAAAGCGGAGUCGACAAAAUCAGAAGAAAUUAAGCAGCAAGUAAACGAGGUUUCCAGAAAGCAAAAAGGUGGUGAAAAACCGAAAGAACAUAAACGAAAUGAGAGAAGUCGCAGUCGGAGACGCCGAAGCAGAAGUAAUGGCCGUAGGCGACGAAGUUCGAGCCGUCGUUCAAGAUCACGCGAUCGCCGCCAUAAAUCACGAUCUCGAUCGAGAGGUUACGUGCGUCGGUUUGAAGGAUGGUCUCGCUCUCGCCGGCCUACUAGACGAGAACUGUACGAUGAGCGUAUGCGCCGGGAACGUGAACGACGUCGAAGCUUUGAUAGGUAUUCAGACAGAAGGCGUACAAGAAGUCGAAGUGCUCGACGGGACAGUGAUCGGCAUUCGAGACGUAGCCGAAAACGUUCACCAUCUUCUUCAAGUAGUAGCAGUGAAAGUUCAUCAAGCGAUUCCCGAAGCACUGCAAGCAGCAGUGCAUCAUCAAAGCGUUCCAGCAGUUCUGAUUCAAGCAGAAGUUCUCGGAGCAGAAGCUCGAAUUAG